AUGGACAUUACUGCAUCGAUCUCGGAAAUGGGCGACGUCCCAAGGAUCUCGUUAGCCCCCAGUCGAUCGGCUGAAGAUAUCGCUACUGAGAUUCGUGCUGCAUGCUUGAAGAAUGGGUUCUUCCAAGUAACUGACUACUACCAAAUUGUUCCGAGGGAUCUACCGGGACAAGCUUUGGCAGCCGCACGCGAGUUCUUCAACCUACCUUUAGCCAUCAAACGAGGCCUUCACAAAGUUGAUCAUGUUGCUGGGGGCUAUGAGCCAUACAAGGUCAUGAACUUGGACCCUUCAGAUCCUAUGGGUUAUGGGCACAACGAAGGUUUCUCGUUUGCUGCUGAGCCGACUCCGACCGCUUGGCCUUCCACAGCUGAUCUACCAGCCUUCAAACAGGUUAUGCGUUCCUAUUAUGGAGCUGUCACCGACCUAGCAAAGUCGUUAGGGCGUUUUCUGGCUCUUGGUCUAAACCUGCCCGACAGUUAUUUCGACGACUUCUACCAAGAUCAGUUGGCGCACGUUAAGCUCGCACAUUACUACAGGUCCGAUGGAUCAAAGGUUACUGAGAGUAACGUUGGAGUCGCUCCACAUACGGACUGGGGGGCUAUUACCAUCCUAUUGCAGGAUGAGGUCGGUGGUCUCGAGGUUCUCGACCAGGAGAGCUCAGAAUGGAUCAAGGUACCACCGAUACCAGACGCGUUCGUUAUCAAUUUAGGCGAUCUAUUAGCUCGUUGGACCAACGAUGAAUACAAAUCCACAAAGCAUCGUGUGAUUUCGCCACCCCCUGGCGUUCACAGAUACUCUAUCCCCUUCUUUUCCCAAGGUCACCCUGACUAUAUCGUUCGAACCAUCCAAACCUGCCUCAAAGAAGGCGAGCAGACAAAGUACAGCCCCAUCAGAGCUGAAGAUUACCUAAAAUUGAAGUUCGAAAGCACCUACAAUAUGAAUAGAGAUCCGGGCUUGAUUCUGUAG